UGAGCGCAGCGGAAAGGGGAAGUGAGUGAGUGAAGUGCGUGUGGACGGGGAGCUGGGGCUAGUUUUAUGAUGCUUGGGUCGGGCGCCGCCGAGCAGGAGCUGCCCCAUCAAAACGAUGUAGACAGAGGUGAUGCAGCAAUAUGCAGAAAAAGAGAAAAUUAUCUUGAGUGGUCGGAAUAUUUUAUGGCAGUGGCUUUUCUAUCAGCCCAGAGGAGCAAAGACCCAAGCUCCCAGGUUGGUGCUUGCAUUGUCAAUUCAGAAAACAAGAUCGUUGGCAUAGGAUACAAUGGAAUGCCAAAUAGAUGCAGUGAUGAUUCUUUACCUUGGGCAAGAACUGCUAAAAAUAAACUGGACACAAAAUAUAUGUAUGUUUGUCAUGCGGAAUUAAAUGCAAUUCUGAACAAAAAUGCUAGUGACGUUAAAGGAUGCACGAUGUAUGUGGCCUUAUUCCCUUGUAAUGAAUGUGCUAAGCUCAUCAUCCAGUCAGGCAUCAGCAAGGUUACUUACAUGUCAGACAAAUACCAGGAUUUGCCAGAAAUGAAGGCCUCCAGACUCAUGUUGGACAUGGCUGGUGUAGAAUGCAGCCAAUUUACUCCAAAGAAUAAAACGAUUACCAUUGAUUUUGAUGCAAUAAACAAAAGUGGAAGUUGUCUACAGUCAAGCAAAUCUACCUCACCUACAUCACCAUGAAAGUGCUAAUUAUUCAUCAUGGAGAACCUUAUUUGUUACUUCAUAUUUUUUUAUUUGUAGCUAUUCUUUAGUAGAAACCUGAUGUCAGAAUCAGGUUUAAUAUCACUGGUAUAUGUCACCCUGUAUUCUGAUGGUACAGUUGAACCAUACUGUUGUAUGUCAUGUGGUUUCUUUUCCAAUUGAUACUUGAUCUACUGUUGAGCCUGAGUUUGACUGGCUCAAGAAAACAGAUUCUUUAUAAAUAUGACCACUCUCUCCAACCCACCCUCUUUACCCCCUCCACCUGACUAAGCAGCCCAAGUCUAGAAUGAGAACUUCCCCAGAUAUGAGUUUCUACAUGACUGACCCUAAAACCUGGCACCAUAGCCACUGAAUGCUGGUAGUGAGGCUCAUCAGAAGUUUUAAUCUCACCUGUUGGUUGCAUAAAACCAUUACUUUCUAACUGCUGCUAUCUUUUGCACUUUUUAAUUUUCUUAUGGGGUGUGCUGAACUGGUAAGACCAGUUUUAUUGUUCAGUCUUGAUUGACUUUAGAAGAUGGCCCACUUACCCAUUCUUACUGGUGAAGGUACCUUUCAGUAUAGGCAGUUCUAGGAUUUAGUACUAGGAUUGAUAAAGGAAUAGCCUGGUUUCUAACUCUUGAACCAGACCGUUAUCAGAAAUAAACUUGUAACUGUUGGGGCACCAACUUGGAACGUCUAAGCUCUCACCUCUUGAGCCUGGAAUCUUUUGGUCGAAAUUGGUGCUGGAAAUUAAGACUGAAGUUUUGAAUCUGCCGUAAUUUCUUUGGUGAAGUUCCAUGAAUAAAUUGUGUGGCUAGUAAUCUGGUCAUCACAGACUAUUGUGGCUUCCAUUAAAAAUGUAAUGCUGAAAAUGUUUUGUGGCAAAUGAAAUUUAAUUAAAACUGAAUGAAAGUAACUUCAUUUCAGAUUUCCAAUGGUUUCUAACUUACAGGAAUUGUGUACAGCCAACUUGGUUUCAUAGUAAUUAAAGAACAUGAACAGAAAUUGUGAUUAUGAUGUUUUCUUGCUUUUUCUGUCUUUUUUUUGAGCCUUCAGCAUUUCCAAAGAGGCUGCCCAUAUUCCUGACUAGACUGAGUUCUAAUAUUAACAGGUUUCCUAGGAUUGUACACUGCUAGAGGAAGCCUUUUUGCUCACUAUUAGUAGUUAUUGAAGAACUGCUCUUAUUCAGCAUUUGACCAGUCUGUUCAGCAUUGCAAUUUUUUUGCCCUUGUAUUUGAAAAGAUGCAUUAUAGUCUGCUUCCGCUGUCUAUUUACAUAGUGCAUUACUGAUUUAUAAUACAUGUACAUAUUGUUGUAAUGUGAAUAUAGUCACCGGAGAAACACUGAAGCUAGUAGAUAUGGAAGUGUUUUAUUCAAGAAAAUGAGACACUCGUGGAGGAGGAUACCCUCUGACCCGAUCUUAUGUGACAUUUGUGACAUUUUUAUAUGCUCAAGAUCAAAGGUAACAGCAGAACAAUUCUAUAGUUCAAUAUAUCUACAGUACUUCCUUUGAAUUACACACACCUUUGCACCUACACUCCAGACACCCAAAAUGAAUGUUAAUCAGCAUUGUCUGGUUUGCAAUCAACUCCAGUGCAGAGCUCCAGGAAAUCUAUUGUUCAGGACUGCACUUUAAAUUCAAUCUACAGUUCAUGUUCAGGUCUGAAGAUUGGAUGCCGGUGAAGUAAAUAUUUGUUAUAUACCAUAACUCCAGAGUAUGCCUUAACAAAAUUCUUCCAAACUCAUGGAUAUUGUUCUGAUUAUCAAUUCAUAUCCUCUCGAUAUUGACCAAUAUCUUAAUGGAACAAUAUCUUAUGCCCAUAAUCCAGGAUUCAGAGGAGUUGCCUUCAAUAUGAUAUCAAAGGUCAUCAAAAUAAUAGCACCAGAGUUGAGGAUGUUUAACAUGUAUCUUAAUAUCUAUGAAUAUUCCAAGUAGUUUUAAAUUAAAAUGAUGUAUCUGUUGCUUAUUGGUGAUUUUUUUUUUGUGCCUCUGAAUCAGAUGUUGGAUAUGACCUUCACUUAUAUAUAUUUGAUCCAGUCCAUUAUGAAUGGAGUGGUAUUUAAUGAGAAUGCUGUCUUAAAGAUCAAAUUAUUUUCCUAGUAACUUGAUCAAUAUUUUGUAACAUUACACUCAUUUGACAUUGCUGUUUGUGAGGUCUUGUUAUGUGAAAUUGAUAGUUGCCGCACUUCAAAAUUAAAGCAUUGGAGAGAAGGUGUCAUGUUCUCAUGAAGGUUCUUUAUAUUUUCAAGCAGUUUUUAUUUGUGUGACUCUCAGUGCAAAUGAGCACUACUUGGCACGGAGGUUCAUUUGACCAGUUUUGUUGACUGUUAUCCCCAGACUGUCUAAUUCCACUAUUAAAGUUCUAACUGAAACAUAGAUUUCAGAUGUUG